UGCGUUCAUUUCAUUCCUGCUCCCAUUCCGCGCAUAUUUCGCAUCCUUGGAGAGACGCUGCGCAUUUUACGCACUCAGCGCGCCCGAUCCUUCAUUAAACCAAAACCGAGAGGAGACUCAGGAGUUGGCGGAGUGCUUCCCGAUGCUGUAGGGACUCCGAUCCGUGGAAAAGUGUGGGAAUUAAUCCAUAAAGAGGCGUAUGAAUCGAGGGUUCCUGCUGUCUGACGGUGGAUUGCGGACCAGCUUGCCGAGUCGUCUACACGCUACCAGCCACUUGUAGUAUCAUCAUUGGUAGUUGACAUUGGGAAUUACCAUUGUCCAAGCAGCAGCUAGCUUUAGCAUUCAGUUUCUAGUUGUCCGCAGCUGGCUGUCUUCAUUGGGAGUUAUUUAUUGCCUGUACCAUUAACGUUGAGUUUGCCAUUCGUUUUUAUCACGUCACCUACGUAGCAUCACACCAUUGGCAUUAGCGCUGAUUACACGUCGGCUAGUUAACGUUAGCUGCCAGUAUGGAGCGCAGUAGCUGGAGCGGCAGUGAGAGUGCAGGGGAGGACAUGGACAGACUGAGUGACUCAGGAGGGGAUAAGACCAUGGAUGGGGACCCUGAGGGGGUCUGGAGCCCCGACAUCGAGCAGAGCUUCCAAGAGGCCCUGGCCAUUUACCCGCCCUGUGGAAGGAGGAAGAUUAUACUGUCAGAUGAAGGAAAGAUGUACGGUCGAAAUGAGCUGAUAGCCAGAUACAUCAAGCUCCGAACAGGCAAGACGCGGACAAGGAAACAGGUAUCCAGUCACAUCCAGGUCUUAGCCAGAAGAAAAUCCAGGGAGUUUCAAUCCAAACUAAAGGAUCAGAAUGCCAAGGAGAAGGCUUUGCAGAGCAUCUCCUCCAUGUCCUCGGCACAGAUCGUCUCAGCCACCGCCAUACACAGCAAGCUCCUGCCUGGAAUAGUACGAGCCAGCUUCCCCGGCAAUGCACAGCUGUGGCAGGGGAUGAUUCCUGGAGGACAGUCCAGCUCCACCACAGAAGACAUCAAGCCGUUCUCUCAGCAAGCCUACACUGUGCAGACAGCAGGGACCACCACAAUCUCAGGCUACGAGCCUCCCACUGCAGCCCAAACACACAGAGAGCCAGCGUGGCAUGGCCGCUCCAUCGGCACCACCAAACUACGACUGGUGGAGUUUUCAUCUUUCCUGGAGACACAGAGGGACCAGGAGGCAUACAACAAGCACCUGUUUGUGCACAUCAGCCAGAGCAGCCCGAGCUACAGCGACCCCCUGCUGGAGUGUGUGGACAUCAGGCAGAUUUACGAUAAGUUCCCCGAGAAGAAGGGCGGCCUCAAGGAGCUGUUCGGCAAGGGCCCGCAAAACGCUUUCUACCUGAUCAAGUUCUGGGCGGACCUGAAUCACAACAUGCAGGACGACCCUGCGGCCUUCUACGGUGUCAGCAGCCAAUACGAGAGCUCGGAGAACAUGACCAUCACCUGCUCCACUAAGGUCUGCUCCUUCGGCAAGCAGGUGGUCGAGAAGGUGGAGACGGAGUAUGCGAGGUUUGAAAACGGGCGCUUUGUCUACAGAAUCAGUCGCUCUCCGAUGUGUGAAUACAUGAUCAACUUCAUCCACAAGCUCAAACACCUGCCUGAGAAAUACAUGAUGAACAGUGUGCUGGAGAACUUCACUAUUCUGCUGGUUGUGAGCAACAGAGACACUCAGGAGACCUUGCUGUGUAUGGCGUGUGUGUUCGAGGUGUCCAACAAUGAGCACGGAGCACAGCACCACAUCUAUCGACUCGUCAAGGAAUAAUGCACACACUUGCACACACACAUACACAAACACACAUAUGGCCUUUGUUUGGUGAUUAAUGGUGACAUUGGAGGUACAAUGUCUAAAAACAGAAUUCUACUAAAGCCUCUUUCAGCCAAACAACUCAAGGAAGAAAAUGGCUGCACUUUCACUGCUGCUCACGGCAAUAAUUGGGUAAUUUUUAAUUAACAUCAGAUAUGACACAGUAUGCUGCAGAGUCCUCCCCAACUGGAUCAGUUUAACACAUACAUAUUAACUCCAACCUGAAUAUCAGAUGCUUAUUAGCUGUAAAAAGCACAGUGGCAGCGCAGCCAUAGAAACACAUCAGAAUCCACCGGGUGGUUUUCCCAACAACAUCCUGACUCUGAUAUCACCAGGAGAUGUCGUGACUCCUGCUAAUUGGUUUCUUGUCCACUUUCUCCCAGUAAAUUUGUAUUUUGCUGUUCGGAUGAUGGAAAUGAACGUGGUAUUUCUGUCAUGUGCUUUUGGGAAAAUCAACCCAGGCAGAAAAACAAGAAUCUCAUAAUUUCCGCCCCCAAGAUAAAAGUGUGUGUGUGUGUGUUUUAUCUGCAAAGAUACUGACGGACACUGAAGGUCAGACCCUGUGUAUCAUCAAUAACCAGAGAAUGAAAUAACACUACUGCAUUAUCAUAUAGUACAGUGUAGAGGUGGUUUUGUACAGAUAGCCACUGACAAUUGUGUGAGCUGCAUUCUUGCACAAAAAAAGAGGUUUGUCCCAAAGAAAAGAAAUCAAAUUUUUACCUUUUUUGUAUGUUUUCUUUUUAAAAAAAACAACAAAUUGCUUCUAAACUUUGGGAAAUUGUUUAUUGAUAGUAGCAUAUAGACUAUAUUUUAAUUCCAGGAACACUAUCUAAAAUUUAUGUUAAUAAGAAAGUAUAAAUGAAAUUGAACAAUUCAGGUACCUUUUUGUGCAACAAGUGACUCUUCAUCAAGAUUGACUAAAUAAAUAAUUAAGCCUGUUAAAGCUAUAAUCCUUAAGAUUUUCUGUCCUGGUUGAUUUAGUGAUAACUAAUUUUUCUAACCCUGGUGACAAAUUACGCAUUACGCUUCCUAUGACUGCUUCACAAUAAAAGCCCCUCCAUGUUUCAUCAGUUGAAUGCUGCUAGUGUGAAGUUUCAGCAGGAGGAAAUGUAGGGUUAGCAUUAGCAGUAAUUUAAUACAGCUCUGAUAUGGCUGUAGAAGAGUGAAUACUAAACAGUGAAAUUACAAACUCAAAUGCUGGAUCACAGACAUUGAUCGUGUCCAGUGAGGCAAUUUGAAUCCAGAAUGGGAAUGGUGGACUCCGCCACUAACAAGAAAAAUGUGUCAUAUCAAGUGAUAUUUAGAAUGGCUAUUGCUGAAAAAAUGCAGAUCAUAAACAGUUAAAAAUACAGGGUUUGACUUCAUGAAAAUCUUAAGUAUUAUAACUAUAUAUAACAAAUAUAUUGUGGUCAGUCCAUAGGGAAGCACUGUGAAUCUUUAUACAUCAUUCAUGGUGUACAAGAGAAGGAAAUGUUAAAACAAGCCUACAAUUUUUCUGAUAGGGUUUCACUUUGGAAAUUAAACUUAGCUUAGUUCAGUAUUCUUGCACCAGCUAACUUGAGCUUUAACAUGUCCAUACUGACAAAUGUGUCAUGCCUGAAAUGUUAUUACGUCCAUAUUUCAAUUGAAGACUGCCCUCCAAGAGGCCUUGGCGCCCGUUUUUCAGUUUGAGAGUUCUCCAUGUCAGGACAGCUUAUUCAGUGGAAAUUAAAAAUGGACAUUCAAAUGGUUGAAGACACAGUUCCCUUCAAUCUGUCCAGGAAUAGUUUCUUCUAAUUAGGUGGUAUUAUGUCAGCAUUAAAGUAAUUUAUUAAUCAAAAACCAAAAACUGUUGAUGAAGUGUACUAUAGCAGGUGAUUGGUGGUUUUGUCUGUCUCAUGCUCAGCAGCAUGAAGUGCCUUUGGUUGGGAACAGCAGUAGACAUUUCUAAUCUGUUUCAUGUAAGUUCUGAUAAUUUGGUGUUGUAGAUGGUGUAUAGACAGGCAUUUUAGUGAAUAUAAAGAAUGCAUAAUUAGGUAUCUCAUGCUCCAGUUUUCACUGUCUGAGGGCUAAUUAUCCAAAUUCCAUAUUUAAUGGCUGUUUCUUGUUGUAAUUUGUAGACAGUCAGCACUGAAGCGUCAUAAAGACUUAACUGUUUUUAUAUCCCGGCUGUUAAAGAGACACAUUCUUGUUUACUUGGUAUCUUAUGGCAGCAUUUACAUGUAUUUGCAUUUGUGUAUUACAUGUAUGUGUGACAUAUUCAUGUUGAAACAGCUUGCACACUAUUGUCUGGUGCCUCUUUUAUAAAAUGCAACUUGGAUUUGUUACUACUAGAGAAGACCAAUUCUAAUUUGCAUAUCUUUACAUCUCUGAUGUAAUACGAUUUGAAGGAUCUAGGCCAUUAUUGACCCUAGACUUAGUAGGGAGUCCUUAUUGGUAAAGGUGUUUUCCUUAUAAAGAAAGUGUUUGACAUUUUAAGAAAUACACUUAUUUGCCUUCUUGCUGAGAGUUAUGAGAUUGAUACCGCUCGUGUAUCUGUGUGCUAAGGCUGGAGUAAUGACACUGAUAGCUUAGCAUAAAGACUGGAAACGGGGAAACAGCUAGUCUGGUUCUGUCCAACAAAGUCAACCUACUAGCACAUUUAAAACUCACUGGUGAACAUGUUAAGUCAUUUUUUUUUAAAACACACAAAACCCCAAAUUAAAAACAAACAAGAAGUUACUGUGCUCAGUGAGAUUUAGAAGAGGCCUUUUUUCCCGCUGCUAAGUGAAACAGCUGCUAGCUGUAGCUCCAUAUUUACAGCACAGACAUGAGUGGGAUCCAUCUUCUCGUCAAACUCUUGGCAAGAAGACUACUAUUUUCCAAAAUGUCAAACUUUUUCAAAACUUAAAAAUCAAUUAAGACUACACUACCAUACGAUUAGCAUCCCAACAAGUAGCCCUAGUAGUAAACCUGCUUAUUCAAACCACCCCCAGGCUUCCUCUUGUAUGGUUGGUAGUGCGAAGACUCGUGACAGACUCAUUAUGUUCGCCAUUUACACUGACAAAUGAGGCCCCAAGGUUUUUUAACAUCUAUAAUAAUGAAUAAUAAAGUGUAAUAAUGAACAAACUGAUGUUAGUGUCCAGAAUACCCACUAACUUUAAAGGAUAACACUGCAAAUUUACCUUUUAUACCAUUUUACCAGACCCAUAAUGAGUCAUCUUUAGUCAGAAGCUGUUUGGUCUUAAUGACAAAUGGCUCGUAUCUGACUCAGAUCUGACUUGCGAGGACCAGAUUUGCCAUUGUCCAAAACCACUACCACACACUUUGACUCUAUUUGUCUUAAGACUCCUGUGGGUGUCUCUCAGGGUUACAACCACCUGUCCAACAAAAUACAACCCUUUCGACACACUGGUGAAUCAUUCUGUCAGGAAACCCCCUUUCAACCCCCCCCCUCAACUUUCCCAGAGUUUUGUCUCACACUACAGUAGUUAGUUGUUUGCAAACUACUAGACCUUCACAGCAGAGUACCAACAUGUAACAUGUACAUGAUAACCUAACAGCCUGAAAGGGGCUGAUUUUGCAAUAAUGACCCUCUGUCUGGACAUUAUCUGCCACCUGCUUACCAAAGACAGUCAUCACGUGACACAGAAUACAGAGGAAAGGGGAUUUAUUACAAGCUAAAGUAACUUACAAGCUUCUGCCAAAAAAAGAGUUUCAAGAAAAAGGACUAUCAACCUAGAAACAUCUGUAGCUCAUGGACUACACUGUAAAACUGUACCGAUGUAAGUAAAAAAGAAUAAAUACAACGAAACAAACAAAAAGUUAUGGAAAUAGGCUUUUAAAAAACCCUUUUAACCUGGUUUAUAAAAGUGUGCAUCAACAUGUUUUUGUCUUUAAACACAUAAUUGAUAAUUUCAUCAAAUAUGGACACCUCUUAUCUUGGUUGGCAGACUGAAGAAGCCCUGUAUGAGAAGGCCACUGGAAACGGAUUUAUGCCCGAAAUGUCUGUUAAAUUUUACAAGGACUCAAUUUUUAAAUGUCCACUCAUAAUAAUCAGCUAGAAAAUGUGCUCAUGCUCAUAAAGUCACACGAAAAGCAGUGUAUACACGAUGCCUAAAGGUCGUUCAAAAGGUUUCUGAAUCAUCGUCGUCUGUGUUGUUAAUGUCGUCUUGUGUGUGCAAGUUGGAUAUUUAUCUUCUUUUCCGAACCACGUGUGGCACAGAGAUCCUGUCUGUAAUCAAUUCCAAAAUGGCCUUGAAUCUUUUCGCUCCGGUGCACGUGCAGCACAGCUGUGUGUGCACUGAGGGUUUUUGAUAAGGUGCUUUGUAUAAAAGUGACAAUAACGUUUAUUACAGAUGUUGUGUAUAUCUUUGAUAUUCUAAUGUUUAUCCUAUUUUGCGAAGAAGAGAGUACAUUUAGGAAAAUCCAAAAGCUAGCAAUGUGUGUCUAUUGGUACUGCACAGGGUCUGAUCUUUGCUUUGUAACUUUUUUCCCCCUCAUGGCUAAAAGUAUGUUAGAUAUUUUCUAGCUUUGUAGAGACUUUGUACGCAUAUGCUAUUCAGUUUAAAUAAAUGGUCAGUUCCAAACUGUG